CUCAUAAGCAAAGCCUUCUUACUUUUUUGAGUUUACCGAUUCAAUAAUCUCCUAAGCUUAAAAUAACGACCUCCACCAUGAAGUCUUGGUUCCUUGCCCCUGACUUUACCUUCACUCCUGACGGACCCCUCCAGCUUGGCGCCGUCAUCCCUCAUCCUAGUCGUCCGACUCAGACCCUUGCAUCACCCCGCACCGACUCAAUCACGCUUCCUGAAGUCCAAACUCUGAUUGAGACGAACCAUUCUCAUUCAAAUGAUGUCACGCGAACGGCGGGUGUUAAUCUCUUUGCCAAAUUUGCAGAGCUUGCUUCUGCAUCUAUCGGCUAUGAAACCAGUCGUCGCAACGCUCUUGAGUAUGGGACGGUUGACCAUGAAGUUCGAUCAUUAGUGGCGCCAUUCACGAAGGAGUUUUUGCAGAGUAUUGUCAAUACGGAGGCAGUUAGAGAGCAUAUUGACUCUGCCAUGUUUGGAAAGCGAACAGUUUACUUCGUUUCCGGACUCAGAGUUACCAAUUCCCCCUUCACAGUCACCAAAGAAAAAGGAAGUGGACAUAAUACCUCACUUUCAGCUUCUGGCCCAGCGGGACCGGUUCCCGUGGAAGUUGGCGCCGGCAUUUCCGGUGGAAAAGAGAGUUCCAAGACUGAUUCUUACGAAACUGCUCCGGGCAUCAUCUUUGCCUACCGUCUUCAUGCCAUACGUGUUCGAGGCAGCGGCACCGUCGGCUCGGAGAUGUUCUCCAACAAAAAGGCCUUCAUGUCUGGCAGACCCGGGCCUGAUCCUGAGCCCUUCGAAGUUGUUGACGUCACCGCUGAAGUGUUGAAGGGUGAUAAGGAGGAGGAGGAUGCGCCAAAGUAUGCGAUGGAAGAUCUUGGAGAUGGAGAAUACUGCCUGUUAGCAAAGCCAUAGAUCUGCGCCUCUUUAUCCCGAUCACGAGUCUCAAAUAAGGAACGAAUGCUGGU